AUUUUUGGGAGGAUCUUUAUGUUCGAUUGAAAGGAGAAGCUUGCAAUUGGCAAGUUCGCCACUAUAUCACUCUGAACAAAAAAGACAAAUGGAGCCGAAGCUCGGAAACUUUUUUAUUUUUAGAGGAAAACUAAUUCUGGACGAGGAUAAGACCGAUGACAAAAUUCUAUACUUCCACCCGAAGUCUGAAGAUGUUAUGAUCAAAAGCAGAAUAGUAGGAUUGUCCGAAGCAGUAAUCAACUUUACAGAAGACUUUACAGACGAACCAUGUCAAUACCUAUACACAACCACAACUUGUCAAGUUUUCCAAGUGGUGGAGGAUAACAUUUGCUUUGUUAUGACAGUUAUCAACGACAAUAAGAAGAGUAAAUGCUGUGUCGGUCUUUAUCAAACGAUAUUGAAUAUAGCAUAUAGGACAUUUUGCUUUUUUCAUGGAAACUGCAGCUAUAUUUUGAAAAAUAAUAAUUCUGACUACAGUUGCUUGUCCAAGUAUUUAGAAUGUUUUUUUGAUUCAUACUUGUCAACCUUAUCUGCUAGCUCUUUUAAUCUGCUGAAUGCAGAGGGCUAUAUGAAGUUCUUCUGUCUUGAGAAGAAUAAUUUUAUGAGAGUCUAUUGCUCCAUGAAUAGAUUGUCAUCCUCUUUUUCUGAUAUAGCAUGUACAGCCUUAUUCUUUAAUGACGAAAUAGUUUGGAGUGGACUGCACCACUCAGAUAUGCGUAUUUUGUAUUACUACGUCACUAAGUGCCUAUUACCCAGAAGCAGGGAAACUACAAAUGAAGCUGGGACACCAAAGAUUAACCAGUAUGGUAAAUUUUUACAUGGACCGUCCGAUUUAAGCAAGGAUAAUAAACCUACACUUCCCCUAGUCCAUAUUUGUAAUGGUAAUGAAGUUGUUAAAUCCUACCACUUAGUUGUUUAUGCAGCUUUGUCCAGUACAUUAUGUAUGCUGGUUAAUGGGAAGACGCCUCCCAAUGAACAAUGGUUUCGAAACAUUCACGACUACUUAGACGUACAACAAAGUGCUCUAGCCACGGAUAUAUAUGAAGAAUGGAUUUCAAGAAAGCAAGAAAACUCCUCUUCUCCUACCUACAUAUAUAUUAACGGAGCUGACUUCUCAUCAAAACGUAGCAAUAAAUCAAUCGUUGAACCAGCAUGCUCCUUGAUAGCAGAUAUGCAUUAUACAUGGAAAUUCAAUGAAAGUGAUUAUAGCGAGUUAAUAGUUCAACACUCACAUUCAGAUUUGUGGGUUGUAAAAAGAAAGGAUUAUGAUAAAGAGCAGUUUAUAGUUUUAACUGAUUCGUUAAAUUUUUCACAGAUUUCCGAUGAACUACGAAAUUGUAAUUACGACGAAAAUUUUUCGCUACAAUUAUGGGACUGA